AUUCGGUCUUAUAGUCUUUCUUCCCCAAUCCCGGCCAGCAGGAAACAACUCUUUCCGCCACUGACUCCAGCAUAACCAAGACUCCAACUUUAUUCUUCUUCGUCUUCAUCUCUAUUCUUCUCCCCUUCCCCUUUGAUUUUUUUUUUUUUUUCCUUCAAAUCCGUCCAAUUUAGUCCACGGAUCUUGAAUUUGGUCGAGGAGUCCGGUUCAAUUCUUGUCAGAGUAGACGAGGAUGGGUGACACACUAUUCCAAGACAUAUUUGUUGUUCAAGCAUUGGACCCUGAAGGAAAGAAGUUUGAUAGGGGUAUUAAUUUUAUCUCACACUUCCAUAAUUUAACCAAAGUUUGAAAAUUUAUGUGUUCAGUAUUCUUUUUUGCACAAACAUGAUUAAACCGAGAUAAUAGGUUGUUUUCAGUAUACAUUUAUGUUGAAAGAAGCUUACUCAACACUUUGUUAGAUGGUUGUAGAUAAGACAUGCUGCUGUAAUUUAUCACUGACUCCUUUGCUGCAGAUUGCUGCUUAGUUGCAUUAUAGUAGGGUUUCAAGUGUUGAACCCAUUCAUAGAUGGAUAACAAUGAUGCUGCUAUUUUCAAAUCGUUAUUACUAAUAUGCUAAUAUCUAUGUUUUGUAUCUUUUGAUCUGUAAUUUGGCUCAUUUACUGUAAUUGAACUUGCUUUUUCUUUCUUACAAGAAAAUGUGAUAACGAUUCCCUGGACCAUUCAGUAGAAUACCGUGUUCCUGAUUUAGUAAAUGGUAUUGUUGAAGUAUGUUUGCCACAGAUGACUUGAUAUCCUGUUCUGCUUUCGUGACCUUUUUGUUGUUGAUAUCACCUGGAGAUUGAAUGGGUUACCCCCCCAAAAUAAAGUAGUUACUGAGAACUUUAUUGCUGCUAUCUUAAUGUCGAGGAGUUUAACUCAUUUGACCCUUGGCACGUUCUAAGUAACUGAAGAUAUGGAGUAUCAUGGAACUGUCUGUUUGUUGGAGUGACUCUUUAUUAUGUUCCUGCAGUGAAUCGGAUUGUGGCGAAUAGUGAACAGUUGGAUAUGAAGAUGCAUCUUGAUAUAAAUACGGAGAUUUAUCCCAUGCGUGUGGGUGAAAAGUUCUUGAUGGGAUUAGCAUCAACGUUGAGCUUGGACGGAACACCAGAUUCUGGUUAUUAUAUGCCGAGCAGAAAAACACUUGCUGACAACUAUGAGUAUGUCAUGCAAGGGAAACUUUACAAGAUAACUGAGCAGAAGAAACCUAAAAGCGGACCACCUAAAGCGGAUAUAUUGGCUUCUUUUGGUGGACUUCUGAUGUGGUUGGAAGGGGAUAUCAACGUGGCUUCAAAGUUUGAACUUGACCAGCGGUUGUUUCUCCUCAUAAGGAAGGUUUGAAAAUUAUCCAGUUGUGAUUCCAAAGAUGGGCACCGGAUCUCUGCUAACUUUGUAAAUUUCAGUCCCGUCAUUUCUCCCAAUAAACCGUGUUACCCUUGUUCCGGAUGUAGUUAUUAUAAUCUGUUGAUGUGAUCUGUUACUGCUCUCUGCGGAGAAUUAUUAGAUGCAAAUGAAAAGUAUGAUGUGAUACUGGAUUUCGAGCAAAAGCAUUCAACAUUUCAGAUUCACGAGGUUGUAACAGGUGGCGUUAAGCAUUUGUAUAACGUUUCAAUGCAUAUUUUAUUUACAUUGAGGAAAUACGUUGAUUAUUGAAUGAAAUUUGUGUUUUGCUAACA